GCAGAGUUGGAGAGUUCUACCGACAGCACUGGAAUAUUAUGCCCUCCUGUUCAGCUUCAAAGUUCUUGUUUUAAUCAUAACAGCUUCAACUAUAUUUUAAAAGUAUAUUUUAAUAUGGGACUGUCGGAUUAAUCUGGUUGUCUUCACAGGAGUACGACCAAACACUGCUGACGUUAGCUAGCUAACUGGCAAGCUAUACAAAAUAAGCUGGCACUUUAAACUGUUAUUUACAAAAGCCGCACUGUUAUCAAAGGAAGUUAAAUGUUUAUCGGAAACCAUCAUUCAUUUUUUCUAGGAACGGGUGAGCUCUGGCAAAUCGUUCUGUGUUCAAACUAAAAAGUGUUGUUGCACUGUUAAGCGAUCAUGUCCGCAUCCGCUACAAACUCAUCUCACCAGCAGCAGUCUCGAGUUAGACGCAGCAAUGCAGGUUCUCCCACCUCCACCAGCAACAACAGCAGCACAAGCCGGCUGCAACCCAUCCGCGCCACUGUGCCCUACCAGCUCUUGCGUGGAAAUCAGCACAGCCCAACCCGCUCUCCCUCCUCCUUCUCAGUUGGGAGCAACACAGGACCGACCACGACCCAGUGCUCCAGCCCUCCUAGCCCGACACAGCUGCUGUCGAACCCGGGGGGGAACGGCUCGGUGGACGCAAGACUGGUCGCAAGACCGAGACUGUCGCCAGACAACAAGGGCUCACCUGAGCGGAGUCCGAACUCACCCGUCUGUAGAGCAGAGAGGUCCAAGUCGCAGCAGGUGCGUAGCUCCAACACCAUAAGGCGGACGUCUUCCCUCGACACCAUCACGGGACCCUACCUCACCGGGCAGUGGCCGCGCGACCCUCACGUGCACUACCCCUCCUGCAUGAAAGACAAAGCCACACAGACGCCUGGAUGCUGGAGUGAAGAGGGAGGAGAGAAGAGGGGUACACACCAGAGGUCUGCGUCUUGGGGCAGCGCCGACCAGCUCAAAGAGCAGAUCGCAAAGUUAAGACAGCAGCUCCAGCGGAGCAAGCAAGGCAGCCGUCAGAGCAAGGAGAAGGAGCGCCACUCCCCCCAACAGGGGGUGCACUCAGCGACCAGCCAAGCCCAGCCAGGGUCAAAGUCGGUCCCGAUGCUGCUGUCCAACAUCACAGUGCCAAAGUCCUCCAUCUCGAGGGUCCCCAGCAGCAUGGAAGGAAUUAACCAUGAGCUGGAGAAGGUUUUCAUCAGAGACAAUGGGGAGAAGGAGGAGCUAAAGUCCCUGGAGGUCCCGGACGGGCGGCGCGCCCCCUUCCCCCCGCAGCACCGCAGCAGCAGCACACGGAGCAUCGACACCCAGACGCCCUCGGCGCACGGGCGCUCCAGCAGCUGCUCCAGCCACUCGCCAUGCCCCUCGCCCUCCUGCCCCCUGCGCUCCCGGGACGGCAGCCCCUGCUCCGCCGAGGACCUCCUGUACGACCGCGACAAAGACAGUGGAAGUAGCUCACCUCUACCCAAGUUUGCCUCCUCUCCCAAACCGAACAACAGCUACAUGUUCAAACGGGAGCCCCCAGAGGGGUGCGAGAAGGUCAAGGUCUUUGAGGAGAUGGCGUCUCGCCAGUUAAGCACCAUCCCUCUCUUCUCAUGCCCCGACAAAAAUAAGGUGAACUUCAUCCCCACUGGCUCGGCUUUUUGUCCUGUCAAACUCCCUGGCCCCUCCCUCUUCAACUCGACCUCCGACCCCGGUCCUGUCCGGGAAAAUGAUGAAGCCACUGCUGCCAGCCCCACCUCCAGCUCACCAUGUGCCAUGACCACCGAGCCACCCCACACACCCCCGACUCAGGUCUCCGCUAGCACCAGCACAGAUGACCCCCUGGAGGCACCUGCGUCGUCCCCUGUGUACCACCAGGAGGUGCCCGCUGACCCGCACCCAAAACCUCAGAACUUUGUCAUCAGCUAGUCUUUGGCAGAGCAGGCAUCUGUCCUCCCCCAUCUCUGGCCAACAACACGGCCUGCCUCCCUCGCUGAGGAACCCCAUCUCUCUGUCAGACCCCUUUCUGCAUGGCAUAGCAAGGAUUCCCAGCAAGAGAAAACUCCUUAGUGUUUCCUAGUAUAUUCUUAAACACUGUUCUUGGCAGGGAUAGACAUCUCUUUUGAAUUUACUCUCAAAUAAGCAGUUCUGCUUGCACACAAACAACUAAGAAAGAAGGAAAAAAAAAAAAAAAAACAUGCUUUAUUAAGUGUAAGGGACUGCAGGAUGAGGGAGCUGGUGGGGGGGUAGGACAUGCAUCUGAAAAUGGUAGAUUGUUUAAUCAGAUACGUUUGGUGCCCUGUAUUCUGUUACCGCAUUCACAAUAUGAAUAAGCUCCAUAUCACCAGAAAAGAAAAUAUGCCUGUCCGAUUGAAAACUGUAUCGCUCUGGUCAUGUAUGUUAUGGGAAAAAAAGAUAAUAAUGCUGUAUUUUUCAGGAUUAUGUUUACACUCAAUCCAGGUUGUGUUUUGAAACUUAAAACAUAUAAUGCAAAAAAGGAGAAAAAAGAAAAAUAACAAAUGGCCACAUCCGUUGUACAGCGUCCGCAUUAUGGUCUCACUUCAGGUAUUUCACUCCAAGUCUAAACUCAGGUAAUUUGGAAUGUAUCCAUGCAUGGAUUUAAUCCUGGUCUGCAUCUUUUUUUUUUAAUUUUGGAGCAGAAGAAAGUCAGACAAUAAUCGUCACUCUAUUGCCUUUCCCUUUGUACAUUGACCUUUUUCUCAUGACAUUCCAUGUUGUUGGAAUAAGUGCUUUCUACUCUGGGACCUGCUUCCCAGAACAAACAAAACCUCUCCACCACCAGCGAUGGUGUUCGGUACAACGUCACCAUUCCACGUUGGGGAAUAAAAAAUACAAAACAUAAGAAAAGCAUUUUCAAAACUGCAUUAAAAUAUUCAGGUGUUGUUCAUUCUAUGACUGUUAAAAUGUUUAAAAUGAAUGUGUUCAGUACAAAGCUGCAUUAGAAACAUUCCAUGUGUAGGUUGGUUGGUAACAUACGGAAGUCGCCCAAAAAAAAAAAAAAAAACGACCAU